UCGAUUAUGUCACCAUAUCCUCUUUUCCCUCACCACUGCUUCAACUUGUCUACAUUUGCCUACCUAGCAAUAAUCGUUAAACACUUGCACAUUGUGCGACUUUAAGCUUCAAGCCAAUACAUAAAUCUUAUCAACACACACAUACCCACCCCAUUGUUGAUUUCUCAACUACAAAUUCAGCUCUUUUUCUUUUUCUUUUACACACGCAGCCAAGUACAGCAUCAUGAUGUCCUUAGUGAAGUACACAGCAUUACCUGCUUCCUCAAGUCAUGUUCCAAGGCCUCAGCUCUUCACAUUACCCUCUAUUCACAAUGUUCAACAAAGCACUGAAUCCCAUUUCUCUUCCCUCAGACCUCUUUACAUUUCAUCCACUCACAACUUCACAUUGUCACCAAUACUCAGAAGGAGGGUUACUGAGUGCCAGGCCUAUGAAGCAGAUAGGUCACAGCCUCUAAAGAUUAACAUUGAUGAAGAGACAGGGAUUGAGGCAGCUCAGAGGCUCAAAAUUGGUUUGUAUUUUGCUACUUGGUGGGCUCUCAAUGUGGUCUUCAACAUAUACAACAAGAAGGUUCUCAAUGCUUUUCCUUACCCCUGGCUUACUUCCACUUUGUCCCUUGCUGCUGGCUCUCUCAUUAUGCUAAUCUCAUGGGCCACAAGGGUUGCUGAUGUCCCAAAAGUUGAUUUCGAGUUCUGGAAGGCCCUCUUUCCUGUUGCGGUGGCACACACAAUUGGGCAUGUUGCAGCCACGGUGAGUAUGUCCAAAGUCGCUGUUUCAUUUACUCACAUCAUCAAGAGUGGAGAGCCUGCAUUCAGUGUCCUCGUAUCAAGAUUCUUGCUAGGGGAAGCAUUCCCUUUGCAGGUUUACCUGUCACUUGUGCCAAUUAUAGGAGGUUGUGCACUUGCUGCUGUGACGGAGCUCAAUUUCAAUAUGAUUGGGUUUAUGGGGGCUAUGAUAUCCAAUUUGGCCUUUGUGUUUCGGAAUAUAUUCUCAAAGAAGGGAAUGAAAGGGAUGUCUGUUAGUGGAAUGAACUACUAUGCUUGUCUUUCCAUAUUGUCCCUACUGAUUCUCACACCUUUUGCCAUUGCUGUGGAGGGCCCAAAGAUGUGGGCUGCUGGCUGGCAAACAGCCUUGUCAGAUUGGUCCCAAUUUUGUCUGCUCUUGAUGUCUCUCUUUUCCCUAAAAGUUAUUAUUGCUUUUGUAAUGUUCUAUGAACCAGAAUUGUGGGUAGCUGCUCAGAGUGUCUUCUACCACUUGUACAAUCAAGUCUCUUACAUGUCUCUUGAUCAGAUUUCUCCCUUAACAUUUAGCAUAGGGAACACAAUGAAGAGAAUUUCAGUAAUUGUCUCCUCCAUCGUUAUCUUCCACACACCAAUUCAGCCCGUCAAUGCCCUUGGGGCAGCCAUUGCAAUUCUUGGCACCUUCCUCUAUUCACAGGACAAUGCAAUGUGGUUUUGUGCAUGUCACAAAAAAUUUGUGAAUAUGGUGAUAGUCUUGUUUCUCUUCAUAUCCUCUCUGACAGCAAUCUCACAUGGAUUAGAUGAAACUCCAUCUUUCCCCAACUACUUUCUCUUUGGCACUGCUUCUUCUUCGUACCAGUAUGAAGGAGCUUACUUGAGUGACGGCAAAGGGAUGAGCAACUGGGAUGUCUUCACUCACAAACCAGGUAGUAUAGAUGAUGGAAGUAAUGGUGAUGUUGCUGUUGAUCAAUACCAUCGCUAUCUGGAGGAUAUUGAUCUAAUGAAAGCUAUAAAAGUCAACAGCUACCGGUUUUCAAUAUCAUGGGCAAGAAUUCUACCAGAAGGUAGAUUUGGAGAAGUCAACUUGGCGGGUAUCAACUACUAUAACAAACUUAUAAAUGCGUUGCUACUCAAAGGUAUCCAACCGUUUGUAACAUUAUUUCACUUUGACAUCCCUCAAGAGCUUGAAGACAGAUACGGAGCUUGGUUAAGUCCCCAAUCACAGGAAGAUUUUAAAUUCUUUGCGGAUAUCUGUUUUAAAUACUUGGGUGACAGAGUCAAGUAUUGGGUCACCUUCAAUGAGCCAAAUUAUAUAGUCCCACUUGCCUAUCGUAUAGGUAUAUUCCCACCAUGCCGUUGCUCUAGCAAAUUUGGAGAUUGCAAUGAGGGAGAUUCAGAGAAAGAACCUUUUGUGGCAGCCCAUAAUAUGAUCCUAUCACAUGCAGCUGUAGUUGAUAUGUAUAGAAACAAAUACCAGACUGAGCAAGGGGGGAAAAUAGGCAUUGUCCUACACUGUGACUGGUUUGAGCCGUUAAGCAAUUCCACAGAAGAUAAAUUGGCCACUGAAAGAGCACAAUCAUUCAACAUUAAAUGGAUAUUGGAUCCAAUCUUGUUCGGUAAGUACCCAAAAGAGAUGGAGAUGAUUCUAGGAACCAUCUUACCUAAAUUUUCCAGCAAUGACAAAGCUAAAUUGAGGAGAGGACUGGAUUUCAUUGGCAUAAACCACUAUGCAAGUUACUAUGUCCGAGACUGCAUAUCAACCGUGUGUGAAUCUGGGCAAGGAGUCACCAGAACAGAGGGUUUAUAUCAACAAACUUCACUAAAAAACGGUGUCCCAAUUGGAGAGCUUACUCCAUGUGAUUGGCUCAACGUUUAUCCACAAGGCAUGAAGAAAAUUCUUAUCUAUCUAAAAGACAGAUAUAAUAACACUCCAAUGUUCAUCACCGAAAAUGGAUAUGGCAAUUUGAAUGAUCCAGAUCUUACCGAGGAAGAAUAUCUUAAUGAUUUUAAGAGAAUAGAGUACAUGUCUGGUCACUUAGAUAACCUAAUGGCAGCAAUAAGGGAAGGAGCAGAUGUGAGAGGUUACUUUGCCUGGUCCUUGCUCGACAACUUUGAGUGGAAAUUUGGGUUUUCAUUGAGAUUUGGACUUCACCACGUUGAUUUCGCCACACUGAAGAAAACCCCAAAAUCCUCAGCAAGUUGGUACAAACAUUUCAUUGAAAAGUAUACAACCGAGAGCAUUGUGGCCGAACAAACAAUAGAAGGCAAAUACCAAGCUUAGAACCUUAGUAAGUCCAGACCCUAAAAUGAAAAACUCGGAUUAAUUUGCAGUGAAAUACAUCAUGAUUACUCUUUGGAAUCUUUAGAUUUGAUCCACCUGUUCGGACUUGAACAGGAUAGCAAGGACAUCACAGUAAUUUGCAUCAAAUUUUAUGUAAUUAUCCGAAUUCUAAACUAUUAAAUCAAGUAGCGGAUUGGAUUGGUAUUUGGAGAGAAACCAUUUGAUCCAAAUACUCCAAUUAUCUAUAAUUAUUUGAAUUAAUUUUCUGUUU